AUGUCCGUCUGGAAUCCAGACAAUAUUCGUGAUGUUGCGGAGUCUGUCGGCAUUACCAACCUCAAUCAUGACGUGACUGAGAAUCUGGCACGCGACGUCGAAUACCGCGUUGCACAGGUGUUAGAGGAGGCGCUCAAGUCAAUGCGCCACGGCAAACGGACACUCCUCACAACGCAGGAUAUCUCCCAAGCAUUGCGAACCCUUGAUGUGGAACCUCUAUACGGCUACGAGUCCCUCCGCCCGCUGCGGUUCGGCGAAGCGUCACUUGGCCCUGGCCAGCCACUCUUUUACGUGGAGGAUGAGGAGGUGGAUUUUGAGAAGCUCAUCAAUGCUCCGUUGCCCAAAGUUCCCCGCGAGGUCUCUUUUACCGGCCAUUGGCUCGCUGUCGAGGGCGUUCAGCCUUCUAUUCCUCAGAAUCCGACUGCGGCAGACUCUCGCAACCUCGAACUCGCAUCUAAGGGCCCUAAUGCCAAUCAGACCUUACAGGCAAUGAGCGGCGCAGGUGACGUGGCUGUGAAACCAUUGGUGAAGCAUGUCCUCUCCAAGGAGCUCCAGCUGUACUUCGAGAAGGUUUGCAGUGCUUUCUUGGAUGAGACAAGUGAAGAAUACCGGACCUCCGGAUAUGCCAGUCUUAAGGAGGACCCCGGUCUGCACCAACUAGUCCCGUACUUUGUGCAAUUUAUCGCCGAGAAGGUCACACACAGUCUUAAGGAUAUCUUUGUGCUGACCCAGGUGAUGCACAUGGCUGAGGCCUUGGUCCAGAACCCAUCUCUCUACGUUGACCCCUAUGUUGCUUCUCUCGUCCCCUCCAUUUUGACCUGUCUGAUCGGCCGCCAACUUGGUGGGGCCGCUGACCUAGCCGAACAAUUCGCUCUCCGAGACCUCGCUGCCUCAUUGCUUAGCCUCAUCGCGAAGAAAUACUCCCAAUCAUCCCAUAUGCUCAAGCCUCGCCUGGUGCGGUCAUGUCUCAAGAGCUUCCUCGACCCCUCCAAGCCCUUUGGAGCCCACUAUGGUGCUGUGAUCGGAUUACAAGCCGUGGGUGGCGCGGAGGUGGUGCGGGUUCUCAUGAUUCCCAAUCUUCGCGAGUACACUAAACUACUCAGUGAUGGUCUUGAAGAUUCAGCUCGUCGACCCGCGGCCGAGCGGGUGCUGAACGCUCUUCUCGGCGUUCUGGCUUCACUUCGAGACGGCCAGGUCUCGCUGGCCAAUGGUCAUCCUGCUACCGUCACAGAUGAUAUGCGCACACGGCUGGCUGAGAAGGUUGGAGACCUCAUUGCCAGCAGGAUUGCUGAGGUCAAUGAAGUACAGGUAGCUCAACUGGUGUUGGACGCGUAG